CCUGAAAAACACAAAAUUCACAUAAGCGAAAACAAAAAGAAAAAACAAUAGCAACGUCGAAAUGGUGGGAGGAGGAGGUGCUGCAGCCCAGCAGACAGACACAGAGAUGGCAGAGGCGCCAUCGGACCUUCAGCAGCCACCGGCGGUUGCUCAGGCGGCGGGGAUCGAGAACAUCCCGGCUACGUUGAGCCAUGGGGGAUGGUAUAUUCAGGACAACAUAUUUGGGAACAUAUUUGAAGUGACGGCGAAGUAUAGGCCACCUAUUCUGUCGCGCAUACGGCAUCGUUUGGGGCUCGGCCUUCAAGUCAUAGAAAAUGUAGAAGAAGCUGAUUUUAUUCUGGUCCAUGGUACUAAAGCAUUGGGGCUCCCUUCUGGAGAGGCACAUCCUGCUAGUCUUGAGGAUUUCGAAAAAAUAUUGGAGCUUUGUGCAGCUAAGAAAAUUCCAAUGAUUUUAGCCAAUCCAGAUUAUGUGACUGUUGAGCCUAGGGCUCUGCGUGUUAUGCCCAGCAAAUUCCAUUCUCUUUGGUACUUUGGCGUCAAAAUAUGAAAAGCUUGGAGGUGAAGUGACAUGGAUGGACAAACUUCAUAAGGUCACUCGAUCUCUUGGUCUUGUUCUAAUUAGUAAAAUUGUUCACUUAUAUUUUUUUAUGUACAUCAUCACUACUUGUGCAGUUGACUUUGCUUUUACACCUUUCUAAUAUUUCAUAAGAUAAUAUAUAAAUCAGUGAUGAACA